GCCAAUCCCAAACAAUUCUCCGCAGUGCUGAAAGAGCAGCGAAGUAAAGGAGAAGGAAGAGGAGUGAGAGAGGAGGAGCAAAGGAGGAGAGAAAGAGGGGAGAUUUGGGGAGACACGAGUCAGAGGCAGAGCGAGUGUGUGGCGAGAGCAGCAGAUACUGUAGGGUAAGGGAGAUAGGAGGGGGAGAAACUGCAAAUUUGGCUUCUCAGUGCGCACAUCAUCUCGGCUGCACCGUUUAGCUCUUUGCUCAGCAGGGGCUAAAACACCCAUCCAUUGAAGUAUUUUGAACUUCUAUUGCCGCUGGCUCUCCCACACAUCUUACAAGAAUGAUGAGUUCGUUCAGUACAAGAGCUCUCACACUGCUCUCGUCUGUUUUUGGAGCUUGUGGGUUGCUGCUGGUGGGCGUUGCUGUAUCAACGGACUACUGGCUGCUGAUGGAAGAAGGAAUCAUUCUGCAGCAGAACCAAACCAUGGAGGUCAAGAUGGCGCUCCAUUCCGGCCUUUGGAGAGUCUGUUUUGUCGCAGUAGCUGUCGCUGUGUUUUGGGUCAUGAUGGUGUCGCUCUGGGGAGGAAGCCAUGUUUCUGAUGCUUGGUACAAAAGGUCAGAGGAUGAAAACGCUGAUGGCAUUUUGAAGGGCCAGUCAUGUGUGGGACCUGAGAAGGGCAGAUGUGUGGCAUCAGAGUAUUUCACCGAACCAGAGAUUGAGAUAACGACAGAAAACACAGCUAACAUACUCAAGAUGGUCCGAACGGCCACUCCCUUUCCCAUGGUCUCCCUGCUCUUCGUCUUCACUGCCUUUGUCAUCAGCAAUAUUGGACACAUCCGGCCACAGCAAACCAUUCUGGCCUUCGUUUCUGGGAUAUUCUUCAUACUUUCAGGUCUCAGUCUGGUGGUGGGUUUGGUUUUAUAUAUUUCAAGUAUUAAUGACGAGGUGAUGAAUCGACCCAGAGAGCCAGAGCAGUUCUUUCACUAUCACUAUGGUUGGUCCUUUGCCUUUGCCGCCUCCUCCUUCCUGCUCAAAGAGGGUGCAGGAGUUAUGUCCGUCUACCUCUUUAUGAAGCGUUAUGCAGAGGAGGAGCUCUACCGCCCCCAUCCUGCGCUCUACCGCCCCCGUAUGUCUGACUGUAGUGACUACAGUGGCCAGUUUCUUCAUCCAGACUCCUGGGCUCCACCACAGCGAGGCCGAAGUCCUUCGGAUGUCUCUUCUGACAUCUCCAUCCAGCUCAACCAGACCUCGCCGCCGCAGCAACCUCUAAAGGGAGGCAGUAUCUCACAGGCAACACCUUCUUCUUCCGGGCCUUCAUCGGCUGCCAGCUACCAGCUUCAUCCUGCGUCUUCCUCCUCCACCUCAUCCUCAUAUCCACACCCCCUUCACCCAGGUGCCACCACUACCCUGUCCAGGGUGCCACAUGCUCUCGCCCACUCGCAGUCCCAUCCACAUCCAAGUGGGCUCCCUCCUCAGUCCCUGGCAAUGGUAGCACCUCCGUCUGCUGUGCCUCCUCCUUACUACCACACACACACACGAAUGAGUGCUUCACCCUGCUAGGCUGGGUGAGGAUGGGGGGGAGGGUUGC